GAAGACAACCAGGAAGUGGACUUUCUCCAACCUUCUGGUCCGUCAUGCUGGUCUUUAGGACGUCUCGGCUUUCUUCUCACGUGUGUCAGCGCGCGGCCAACACGCAGCGUCUCGCGCUCACCAGGCACAGCGCGCACAGCAGCAGGUGGACGAGUUACCAGGUCCCGGUUCUGCUUCAGGUUCGGAGGUCUGGUUCCGUACGCGGCUUCCGGUCCUGCUCAGCUCCGAACACGAGUUCUGGACGAUCAGCUGCUGAUUGGAGGACCAGAUACAUCCACCUGAGUUCAGUCAUACGGGUGGAGGAGACAACGGCAGAGAUCAGUGAGCUGUCAGAAUCGACCUAUGAGAAACUGGCUGACGAGACUCUGGACGCACUCUCUGAAUUCUUCGAGGACCUGACGGACGAAGUUUUUACUGGAUCCGACUAUGACGUCGUCUUCUCAAGUGGUGUCCUGACGGUGAAGGUGGGGGGAGACCACGGUACUUAUGUCAUUAACAAGCAGACCCCCAACAGGCAGAUCUGGCUUUCCUCUCCCAGCAGCGGGCCGAAGCGCUACGACUGGACGGGUCAGCGCUGGGUUUACUGUCAUGACGGCAUCAGCCUCCACCAGCUGCUUUCCAACGAGUUUUCCAUCAUCUUUCAGAAGAACAUCAGCCUGUCCGACCUGCCUCAUUCCUGACAUUCCUGGUUAGGAAUGAAACCACCGGCUGUGCUGGGCUGUCGUAGACGAGGUCCAGGCUGCUGCUGGACCUGGAUCAGGACUUCCUGUCUCAUUAUUUUACAUGUGCAAAUAUUUAUUUCUGUCUCUGAAUAAACUCUGAGCUCUGA